AUGGCUCGCUUACUGACCAAGUCCUGUUUUAGGAGAGGAGAUGCUGCUUGCUCCCCAUUCUGUACUCUGCUCAGAGCGUACAGCACAGGAAGCAUUGACACAGAAUACCUGCAGAAUAGCAGCAUUCCCACAAUGUACUUCCAAGAACACCUGCCCAGGUGAGGAAUGAGGCGACAAAUUACAUGAUUCCAUUCAUCUUCAUUCAGUUAGUUUGUAACUGCUUUAUUCACUAAACAGCGACCUGUAGUGAACUCACUGCCAGCUAGCAAAUUGUGGACAAAAUAACAAAGAUGUGAAAAAAUCAGGUUAAAGAAAAAUAAAGGGGUAAUUUGCAUUGAAUGUAAUAAUAAGUGCGCAUGUUCUUACGUGGAUGUUUCACAUUUAGUGAUUUAGCUUAAUUAUAUUUUCUUUUACAGGCUUACUUUUAUUUUAUAAAUAAUUUAAUCGGUUUGGAGAUAAUUGUUAUUAAGUGAUGGAUUAACUCUACAACAAUCAUUAUGUCCAUUUAUAUUGUUCCAAAUGCUGAAUAAUUAUUGACAUAAAACUGUCCAUAAGCUAACCAGCGCCAAUCUGCAAAAUCUUUGAACUAGAAAAAAACAGCUCAGUUUUCUUAAAGGAAAAUUAUUGUUUUAGGAAUACAAAGCUGUAUUCCUAACAGUACAGUGCCCUCUCCGAUGUUAUCUCAUUGGGGGACCUAAUGCGCAUGCGCAGCAAGCGACGGGCGCACAUUAGACCUUCCCAACACAAUAAAGCAAUGCCUGAAUGCAAAGCGUGAGGACGUCCAGUGUCGAAUCACAGAGUCAAACUCCCUGAAACUCCCGGAAGCGUCUCUAGUGGCUCUCUGGUACACAGCGACUGGAGGCAGCCUUAGUAUUGCAAUGUAAACACUGUAGUUUCUCUAAAACUGCAAUGUUUUACAUUGCAGGACUAAGGAUGACAGGGACAAAAUCACCUGCAGAUCCAUAGCAUAUGCAUUGCACGUAAUGAAAAAAAAUCCACAAAAUUUGAGACACUCACUAAGAAAAGAUAACUUUACGAGGGCCCCAGCCAGUCAUUAUAACUUACGACACAGAUGACACUUUGAACACUCAGCGACCUCUGAAGUGGCACUCAAUGUCCAGGGUUCCCCAAUCUCAGGCCUACAGAUGUUGCGGGACUACAACUUCCAUGAUUCUUUGAAUGAAAUAGAUAGCCAGAGAAUAAUGGGAGUUCAGCAACAUCAGAACCCUGUUCUAGAGUAUCCAUAGAUCCCGGAGACCAAGUCAUAUAAGGAAGCACAUAGUUUCUAAAGUUGAUAUGGUGCUAGGAUUGAUAGCACACCAAUCAAUGGUUUGAUUUCUUACCUAGGUUUUACCAGACGCCGGUCUCAGGUAUUAAGCUAAGCCCUGCAUUGCCAAGCUGAGCUCAGUGAAGAGAUCUUAAAGCAGUGGUAGAUACAGUGACUGGCAUAUCACAAAACCUCACUGCAAGCAAAUGGUUUGACUACUUCCAUUUGGGGUUGCCGAGGCACCUCUGGCUCCAUAACUAAUACAGCAUGCUUUAGUGGUUAUGGUGUUUGGCAAGUUCCGUUAAUAUGUUUCUGAUAUCAGAGCACAUAUUCCCCAUUGCAGAAUAGAAAUGUAAAUCGCUCAUGGCGAGAGGAAUGUUUAACCCCUUAGGUGCUAAGCCAUGUCACACCUGGGUACUGAAGACAUUUUUUGAUUUUUGCACUCACUGCCUUAAACAUCAAGCUUACAUUUCUUCUGUUAUCACUGCUUUUUCUGUGAAUUACAGUAAAAAAAAAAAAAAAAAACCUUGUUAAUUUCAGAAGACCUUGCUUUUUAGUUAAAAAAACUAAAUCAAUUUUUUUUUAAAAAGUCCUCAUGCGGAAAAAAAGGUCAGAUUUCCACAGAGUACAUGACAAGAAAAAAAAAAUAGCUUAGGAAUUAUUAGUCAGCUCCUCAAAAAGCUUAAUUUAGGAUUAUAUACCUGUGUUUAAAAAAAAAAAAAAAAAAAAAUUGUUUGAAAUUAGAAGAUAAAAGUGAAGAUUUAUCAAGGCACUAUUUCAGGUGCAAAGUACUCAAAGUUGAGAGAAAUUCUAUUGGUUUCCAUGGUAACUGCUCCAUAUUUAGCACUUUGCCCCAGAAUGGCACCUGUUCUUGUCUUGAAAAUCUCCCUGAAAAUAUAAAAUGCACUCUGUUACACAACAGUCAGUAUGUAAGGAGUUCCCUUCUCCUACCCGCUUGCUUCUGCAGCAACUUGCUAGACAUUCAAUCGUGAUACAGGCUGAAUCAUCUUACCAUUUAGAAAAUAAUAUCAUUGUGUCUUGGUUUGCAGGUUACCCAUUCCAAAACUUGAAGAUUCUAUAAAAAGAUAUUUGAAUGCACAGACACCUCUUCUGGAUUCUGAACAAUUCAGGUACUUACCUUAUAGUCCAACAGUGUGUGACUGUGUGCUGUGAGCGUCAUUUUAAUAGUGUGAAUCUAUGAUUCUUCUUCAAAAUAUCUUGACAACACAUAGAAUUGUUCUGUUAAUGUUCUAGGAAGACUGAGCAGCUGGCGAAGAGCUUCCAGAAUGGGAUCGGAAAGCAGCUUCACGAGGAACUGUUGUUGCACGACAAACAGAAUGAACACACAAGUUAUGUUUAUGGUAAGAAUAAGAUUCAGGAGGAUACCGAUCUGCACAAAGCAAAAUUCAGCAUUAAACGAACUAUAGCAAAGAUGUAUUACAUAGAAACAUAGAAUGUGAAGGCAGAUAAGAACCAUUCGGCCCAUCAAGUCUGCCAAAUAUUUCAAAAUACUUAUCUUAUCGUUAGGAUAUCUUAUGCCUAUCCCACGCAUGCUUAAACUCCCUGACUGUGUUAACCUCUACCACUUCAGCUGGAAGGCUAUUCCAUGCAUCCACUACCCUGGUCUCACCAGUGUUCUGUACAAUGGCAUGAGCACUUCCCUCUUUCUACUGCUAAUGCCUCUCCCUAUACAACCAAGCAUUCUGCUAGCAUUUCCUGCUGCUCUAUUACAUUGUCUGCCUACCUUUAAGUCAUCAGAAAUAAUCACCCCUAAAUCCCUUUCCUCAGAUGUUGAGGUUAGGACUCUAUCAAAUAUUCUGUACUCUGCCCUUGGGUUUUUAUCGUUCUACAACCAUAAUGUCCUAAUCCCUAUUUAGAUUCAGCCACCACAGCCCUUUCUUUUGUCCUGUGAAACAAUAGUGAUAAAAAUGUUUGCUUAUCUUUUAUCCAGCUCUGAGACUUACUUGGUGUUGCAGCUAGCAUCUCCUUCUGUGACGUCAUCCUGGAGUUGUCACUUCUUGGCUUCUUGUCCAAUCCAAUGCUUCGCACGGGGAAACACGGAAUGCAUUUGAUGACGUUCAGUGUCUUCAUGGACAUCAAACGUUACAUGACAGAGUGAAACUCCGUCAUUGCAAUGCUAGUGCCUCCAGUGGCUGCCAGGAAGACAGCCACUUGGAUCAUUUAACCCUUCAAUCAAACAUUGCCAUAGACCAUUAUGUGGUUGUUAAGUGGUUGAACACUGCGAUGUUUUACAUUGCACGGUUACAAGCUCAGGACCAUUGCACCUAGACCACUUCAAUCAAAUUUUACAAAUGCAAACUAUGCAAGAAGACAUUCCAAGCAACUGCAUACAUAUUAGAACUUCUUGUUUAAUUAUCCUUUUUUUCCCACAAUGUUGUGUUUAGCUCUGAGUGCCUCCAUCCUAGCUCCUUGUCCAUCAUUGUUAUAAGCUUCGCUAUUUACAUGGGUCACUCAGCAUAGAUAAAGCAUGCAGAGAGGAGAAGAAACAAAAAUAUAUAUAUAUAUUCUUGUUUUCCCUCCUUGCUGUGCCAGGAGCGAACUAGAUUGUGAUGUAAUUUACUAAUUCUUUACAAUAAAUAUGAAAGAAAACACAGCAUUUUAUGAAAAGGGUUAACACUUAUCUGUGUAAUUAAUUAAACAUAAAAGGUAAUUUUACCCCAUAGUUGACCCUUUCUUUAAUGUAGAUCUGUCUUGGCUAUAGUGAACUCUGAUUUUUAGAUAAUUCAGAUCUAAAGCGUUUUCUCGGUACAAAUUAAGAUUUAUUAAUUAUUUGAGCAUAGCUGUAUUUGAUUCCCCAAGUAAAUUAAUUAUUAUUUUCUCCUUUCUAUUUACAGAUUACUGGCUUGAUAUGUAUCUAUGUGCUCGUGAACCCAUUGUGCUGAACUUUAAUCCCUUCAUGUCCUUCGCCCCUGACCCUCAGCCAGAAUAUAAUAACCAGCUGAUCAGAUCCACUAACAUGGUUGUGUCUGCCAUGCGAUUCCUGAAGACUGUUCAAGCAGGUUACCUUGAACCUGAGAUUUUACACAUUAAUCCAGACAAACGUGACACACAGGGGUUUAAGAAUUUUAUCAGGUUUGUGCCAUCCUUGUUGCCUGGGUGUCCAGCACACAUGGCGAAUGCUUACCCUAUGGAUAUGUCACCAUUUGUUUGGCUCUUUAACUCCACUCGUCUGCCGAAACUUAACCGUGAUGAACUGGUGGCAGAUGAGAACGGAAAGCACCUGUUGGUGUUAAGGAAUGGGAAUUUCUAUGUGUUCGAUGUCAUUGACAAAGAUGGGAACAUAGUGAAGGCUUCAGAGAUCCACGCCCACUUGCAGUAUAUCCUAUCGGAUGCCACCCCUGCUCCGGAGUUUCCUUUGGGAUAUCUCACAAGUGAAGAAAGAAACACGUGGGCUGUUUUAAGACAGAAACUUCUUGAAAACGGAAAUGAAGAGGCCCUGAAAAAAGUGGAUUCUGCUGUGUUUUGCUUGUGUCUCGAUGACUUUCCCAUUAAGGAUGAUGUCCACCUGUCCCACAAUAUGCUCCAUGGAUCAGGUAUGAACCGGUGGUACGACAAGUCCUUCAGCAUCAUCAUGACGCAAGAUGGGACAGCAGCUGUGAACUUUGAGCACUCAUGGGGAGAUGGAAUAACUGUCAUACGGUUCCAGAAUGAGGUGUUCAGGGAUAGCACCCAGAGACCUGCAAUAUCUCCUCAAACCCUCCCAGCUAAGGUGGACUCCAGCCAAGCUAUACAGAAACUUGUUUUCCACCUUGAUGACUCUUUGAAAUCUGCAAUCUCCAUCGCCAAAAAAAAGUUUGAUGCAACUAUGAGCUCAUUCACCAUUGUACCCAUGGAGUACAGAAGAGGUGGGAAAGAGUUCUUGCAGACCCAGAAGAUCAGCCCAGAUGCAGUAGCCCAGCUUUCCUUUCAGAUGGCAUACUUCAGACAAUACGGACACACCAGGACCACAUAUGAGGCCUGUAGUACAGCAGCUUUCAAACAUGGCCGCACCGAGGUCAUACGAUCGGCCUCUGUUUAUACCAAGAAAUGCUCUGAAGCUUUUGUAAGGAAUCUUUCAAAACACAGUGUAGCUGAGCUCCGUAGCAUGCUGCAAGAAUGUUCAAAAUACCACAAACAACUCAUCCAGGAGGCUUCAAUGGGUAAGAUUCAAUAUAGUUGAGCAAAGUAUAGAAUUCUGCAGCAACAAAACCCCCAAAAAACUGAGACGCUAGGAAAAUAUCAACAUAUGGAAAUGCAUUUCUCAGCAAAUGUUUCGAAAAAUAACUUUAACAUACUAAUGUGUUUCAUUUUAUUACUAGCUUAUUUGCAUAGUCCAAACUACUAUGAGCCCUGUACCCCAUCAGGGCCAUCAUCAAGGGGGUACAACCAGUAAUCCUAUAACAGACUCAGUUAAGCAAAAGGCCCUGGACGGGUCCCUCUAGCAUGUGAACCGUUUAAGGAAAUAUAAAUAGUAGACAAUUAAUUUAUUCUGAAUCAAAUUUGAUGCAUUUGGAACAAAUUAAAACAGAUUAUUUUAGAUCUAUUUGUUUUUAUAAAGAUAGCAAAUUAGAGACAUGUCUACUAAGCAAUUGGAAGAGAAAAAUAGUGCUCUGUCAUCUUUUUAGUAGAUGGCUCCCUAAUUUGGUAUCAUUAAGUGGGAAUUCCAUAAUUAAGGGUACCACAUUAGUGACGUAUUUACUAUCUAUAUUAUAUCUUUAUAAUGAGAAUAAAGGCACAACAGUAUGUAUUGUAGAGGGAAUCACAAUAUAUUUUUAUUUUGUUGUUUUUGUUUUUUUUAAUAGCGCAAUCCUAAUAAUUAAUUACACUAUUUUACUAAACAACUGAAAGACCAAAAUUAAGAAAAAAAAUUUUUUUAAACGUUUGAUCUUUCAGCUGUUUAGUAGAAAACACCCUAAUUUAGUGCUAUAGUUUGUGAGUAAAUUAUUUAUUUUUGGUUUUGUUCGUUUUGCAAAUGCAGGCGUGGGUGGCCCAGAAACGAAGUAAGGACAUUAAUACUCUAGCACUGGGAAUACAGAUCAGUAUUCCUACAACUACAGAUUUGGCAUGUGACUCCAAGGUCGCACCAAAGAAAUACCGUAACCCAGUUAAUUCAAGAAGACCCUGUAUGAGAUUUAUUUUUAACAGUUUUGCAUAAUUCUUCUCUGGGUUAUUUUUUUUUAUCUCUCCUCCUACAGGGCAGGGGUAUGAUCGACACCUUUAUGCCAUGAAAUGCCUAAGAGAAAGCAAUGGACUGACCCUCCCAGAGUUCUAUCAAGAUCCUGCCUAUGCUCAGAUUAACUACAACGUCAUCACUACCACCACUCUCACCAGUCCAGCUAUCCAUCUUUUGGGUUUUGCAACACCAGUAGCAGAUGGAUUUGGGAUUUCAUACAGCAUGCACAAUGACUCAAUGGUUUUUAACAUUGGAGCAUACACAGAUCGUGAUGUUGGACAGUUUGUGCAGUGCGUGCACCAGUCACUAGAGGACAUAUUCAAAGUUCUAGAAGAGAAGACUGUGAAAAGUUGUUCAAAAAACAGUACUCGAGGCAAUUAA